AUGAACAGUGAGUUAGAAACGCUAGUCCGCAGCUGUGAUGCAUGCCGUGAAUUUCAGCCGUCUCAGUCUGCUGAACCGCCCAUUUCUGACCGCAAGCCCACUUUGCCAUUCGAAAGUGUUAGUGCUGACCUUUUCAGUUGCCAAGGCUGCGAGUAUUUGGUAUUCGUCGACCGCUUAACCGGAUGGCCAUGCAUCGCCAAGCUUGGUCACUCAGCCACGUCAGCUGACGUCAUUCGUCAUUUCCGCAGGUGGUUCCCAGAUGUAGGCGUACCACAGGUCAUUUCAACGGACGGCGGUCCUCAGUUUGCGUCUCACAGAUUUGCUGAAUUUUGCGAGCGCUGGGGAAUCCGUCAUAUCAAGUCGUCCCCUCACUACCCACAGUCGAACGGACAUGCGGAAGCAGCCGUCAAGGCAAUGAAGUACCUGGUGGAAAAGACUACCAAUGACGGUAAUCUAGACACCGAUGCUUUCCAGCGUGGCCUUCUCGAGUGGCGCAAUACUCCUGGCACUUCGGGAAAGAGUCCUGCCCAGUUACUGUAUGGUCGCCCACUCGUCUCCUUCGUUCUCGCCCAAUGGAGCCAGUUCGACUCCCACUGGCAAGACACCGCAUCUGACAUGGAUGAUGUUGAUCGAGUAGACCAGCCUCCCAGUCAGCCUCACCGAGAGCUUCCCCACUUGUCUAUCGGGACGCACGUUGACAUUCAGCACCCGAAGACAAAACGGUGGUCUUCCCGCGGCGUUGUCGUGGCUAUCGGUGACCACCGCGACUACUACGUCAAGCUACCGAGUGGACGCGUAUAUUGGCGCAACCGUCGCUACCUCCGCCCGUACCAUCCUCCUACUCCAGCUUCAACAGCCAUGCCUGCAUUGUCUCCCGUACCCGACGCUGCACCACAAGCAGUCCCUGUGACUCAGUCGUCGCCACAGUCAACUGUUCAGGUACCACCUCGAACAAGCCAACGUCCCCGGAGACAGAAUGUCCCCUUUAACAUUAUUUCAACGCGUGGACAAUCGUACAAUUAA